ACGUAACGUUGGUUUGGAUUUGGAGAGCUCGCUCGCCUUUCCAGGGUUUAUCCGUCAAUAAUAAUCCAUCCAUCCACUCUCCUCCCGUUCGUAAGGGAAGUAGGCAGAGCUUGUGGCACCUCACUACCUGCUUCAAUGGACGUCAGUCAAUUCCGAUUUCUCAAUAUAUUGGUUUUUUGCCACGUAUUUUCUCUCUCUCUCUGAUCUCGGUUGCUCUUCGUUCUUCCCUUACCAAAUUUGACUGCCGUGAAAUAUAUUUUUAGCUUAGUCUGACAAAAUGGUUGGCUUGAUUGGGCGGCCAAACAUUUUUUUCAACCAGAAGUAUUUCUGCUUUUGUUGUUCCUUCUUUUUUAAGUAUUUACAUCCUCGUCAUGCGAUAUGUGGAAGAUAAUAACCUGAGAAAGAGAGAGACAAAAAGAGGAAGAGAGUUGCUCUGCAUCUAUUUUCGGUUCUCAUCCUCUCACGUUAUGGAGCGUUACGACGUACUGAAAGAAAUUGGGUCUGGAAACUUUGGGGUUGCCAAGCUUGUUAGAGAUAAGUGGACUAAGGAACUUUUCGCCGUCAAGCUUAUUGAGAGAGGGCUCAAGAUUGAUGAACAUGUACAGAGGGAGAUAAUGAACCACAGAUCCUUGAAGCAUCCCAAUAUAGUUAGAUUCAAGGAGGUGCUUCUAACACCUACUCAUCUAGCCAUAGUCAUGGAAUAUGCUGCUGGAGGUGAACUCUUUGAGAGGAUAUGUAAUGCUGGUAGAUUCAGUGAGGAUGAGGCCAGAUUUUUCUUUCAACAACUUAUAUCAGGAGUCAGCUACUGUCAUUCAAUGCAAAUAUGUCAUAGAGAUCUUAAGCUGGAAAACACACUCUUAGAUGGGAGCACAGCCCCACGUCUCAAAAUAUGUGAUUUUGGGUAUUCCAAGUCUUCUGUCUUUCAUUCUCAACCCAAGUCUACAGUAGGAACUCCAGCUUAUAUUGCACCAGAGGUCCUAUCUAGAAAGGAAUAUGAUGGGAAGAUUGCAGAUGUUUGGUCUUGUGGGGUGACAUUAUAUGUGAUGCUGGUUGGAGCUUAUCCCUUUGAAGACCCUGAUGAUCCUCGGAACUUUCGAAAGACAAUUGGGCGGAUACUUAGCGUCCACUAUUCAAUUCCAGACUAUGUUCGAGUAUCCAUGGAUUGUAAACAUCUUUUAUCCCGGAUAUUUGUAGCUAACCCUGAAAAGAGGAUAAGCAUUCCAGAAAUUAAAAAGCAUCCAUGGUUCUCAAAAAACUUGCCGAUAGAACUAAUAGAACAAGAACAUAGCUUGCAGAGCAAUGACAUGAAUGACAUAUCCCAAAGUAUUGAAGAUAUAUUAUCCAUAAUACAAGAGGCAAGGAAACCGGCUGAAGGUCCCAAGGUUGGUAGUCAUCUUCUUGGUGGCAGCAUGGAUCUUGAUGACAUGGAUGCAGAUGCUGAUUUGGAGGAUAUUGAGACAAGUGGUGAUUUUGUUUGUGCUUUAUGAGAGGAACUGUAGCUUGCAAUUCGAUCCGGUUGACAAUCAGUCUAGCGUGAAGAAUUCUUUCCCCAGUUCUGUUAUUCCACAUUUCAUUCAGGGAGUAAAAGGCGUAUCUGUACUAUAUGCUUGUCACUGUUAUCAGUUUGCUGAUUCUAUAACCCAAUUCAUCGUUUUGCUUCA